AUGUUUUUCUGGUCGGUAACAAGACGUGCAAUUAUCUCGAUUCUCCUCAUUUCUCUCUUAGUCAGCGUAUCAUUAAUUAUUCAAACAGUGAAAGUCUUGCCUCCUGAACUGGCGAAACCACCAAGAAGACCGGUCAUAUUCUCAAAUCGAUCCUUGAAUAUCGAAGAUCGAAGCUUGUCUACUGACGAUGUAGCUAUUCUAUGUUUAAAUAUGGCAGAUUACAUUGAUAAAGAACAGCAUUUACCCAUAUCUCCAAUAAUCUUUUCGCCAACAUUUCAGACGCCGCGAAUUUUCCGUUUUCCUUAUCGUUACUCGAAUUGGAAAUCGUCAACUACUCUUCCUCGGGCACUGACAACAUGUGAACACAAUCUAGCCAUGCACUUACUGAUAAUCAUCGAUCGAAUAUGUCGCCGACACAAGAUUACCUAUUUUAUGAGCGAAGGAACAUUAUUAGGUUCGAUUAGACAUCAUGAUAUUAUACCAUGGGAUGACGAUAUAGAUAUUAUGAUGUCUGAAGAACACCGACAGUUGUUUACCGACACAUUAUAUGAAAUGAAUAGUACUUUAUUAAGUUUCGUUGUAGUCGGUGGAAAUACAAAAGAAAAUCAGUAUUACAAAGUAUCUUUCAAGAGUAGUCCAAGUGCCGGAGGGUAUAAAUGGAGUUUCCCGUUUGUUGACGUUUUCUUCUAUACACAAAAUGACACGUAUCUAUGGAAUCUCAAGUAUCCGGACACAGUUAGUAAAUUGAAACAUGUCUUUCCGUUAAUAUUAAGACCUCUUGGACAACUAUGGUUACCGUCACCAAGAAAACCGGAGCGAUUUUUUCGAUUCGAAUGGUCUACUGAAUGUGUUGGUCAUUUUUGGGAUCAUCGAAUAGAGAAAGGAAAACAGGAGGUCAGAGUCAAAUGUGAUGAGCUCAAAGAUGUGUAUCCAUUCGUCGAACAAGCCAAUGAAACACAAAUGGCCGAAGUUUUAAAGAUCAAUGAUACAAUUUUACAUACGAUCAUAUUUAAAUAA